CCCCCCCCCCCCCCCCNCCCCCCCCCCAAAGUUAAAAGGUUAAAAGCUUUUGCUUGUUUGAAGAAACAAAAUUAAACAUACGGAAGAAAAAAAAAAAUGGCGAAAUUAUUCAUCAAGCAAGCCGAGCAAUACGCAGCAGCCCGACCAAAUUAUCCAAUCAAACUCUUCGAAUUCAUCGCAUCUAAAACACCGUGCCACGACCUUGCUUGGGACGUAGGCGCAGGUAGCGGCCAGGCCUCACGAUCGGUAAAUUCAAUUCCCAAUUUUCAUCUAGCGGGAAUAUACAAGAAGGUGAUUGCUACGGACACGAGUUCAAAGCAACUUGAAUUUGCUGCAAAGCUUCCCAACGUCCGUUACGAACUGACUCCGCCGACGAUGACUACAUCGGAGAUCGAGAAGCUAGUGGCAACAGAAUCAUCAGUCGAUUUAGUCACAGUCGCACAAGCACUUCACUGGUUCGACCUCACGACUUUUUACAGCAACGUGAAACACGUGCUCAAGAAACCAAACGGGGUGAUCGCCGCCUGGUGCUACACCAAUCCGGAGGUCAACGCCGCCGUGGACAAGGUUUUCCAGCGGUUUUACGACGAGAAACUUGGUCCUCAUUGGGAUAAAGCGAGGCGGCUUGUGGAGGAUGGGUACAGAGGAAUUGAGUUCCCGUUCGAGAAGGUGGAUGACGAUGACGAUGAUGAUGAUGAGUCAACGGGAAGUCAAAGUCUUCCGGUUAAUAAGUUCGUGACGGAGAGAGAAAUGGUGUUGGAAGAGUAUAUGACUUAUCUGAGGUCAACGUCGGCGUAUCAGACGGCUAAGGAGAAAGGUUUGGAGAUUUUGACGGCGGAGAUGGAAGGAGAGUUUGCUGAUUCUUGGAAAGAAGAUGGGAUUGAGAAGAAAAUUGUUAGGUUUCCGAUUCAUUUGUUGAUCGGAAGAGUUGGAGAAGGCCGUCGUGUCUGAACUCUGAGUUGAUGAUUUGUCACAAACACUUAGGCAUUUCGUCGAACACUUUGUGGGUCUGUUGUCUCACCCAAGAAUACAUACAUUUGCUUAGAUAUUAUAUUUGGAUUUAAUAAUAAAACGUGGGCUGUGUUUGUGUUAA